AUGCAUUUGGGCGAAAGAUUACGAUCACUCAAGAAAUUGGAGAUGAUACUUAAAUUUCAAUAUCCCUUGUCAAUGGAAACGAAAGGGAAUUUAAAUUUUUAUUUAAAUAAAGCACUCGAUAUAAAAAAAAGUUCUCUCAACAUCACCAACUUCAGUAAUUGUUUAAGUACUACUAACAAGCAUCAAAGCUCUUCGGAUUUGAAUUAUUUAGCAGCACAGCUGUUAUUUAAAGCAUUAAAUGCUUUGUGUGUUUUGGUAACCAAAUGUAAUCCGUGCUUUGAAGAAGAUUAA